AUGUCGCUUUCAAACGAUGGACGACGUAUGAGAGGAAUGAGUGAUAGAAGAAUGAAGAGAGAUAAACCAUACAACAAAAGGAGAAAACAAGUAAAUUCACCUGAAGACAUACUUAAUGACCAAUUAGAAAAAAUAUUUGAGAGUGUCAUACUACCUGAUGAACUUGUUGAUAUGAGGUAUGAAGUAAUGCAACGAGUUGAACAAGUACUUAACCAGAAUUAUGUUGAUUUUCAUUUCAGAGCACAAGUCUAUGGAUCUACAGAUUAUGGACUAUGCUUAAAAGAUGGUGAUUUAGAUAUAUGUUGUACAAGUCAAUCAGGAAGACAAGUGAAUGCAAUUGUAUUAGAAUCUUUUGCUGAGUGUUUCAAAAGAAAUAAUUUUGAAAUUAAAAAUGUUAUUGAAAAAGCAAAAGUUCCAAUUAUUAAAAUGAUUGACUUAGGAACUAAAGUUAGUAUUGACUUAUCAUUUAACCAACCAGUUGCUCAAAUACACUCUGAAUUUUUUUCUACAAUGAUUCAUUGUAAUAAACAUUUUAGAAUUGUUGCUGUAUUAUUAAAAUAUUGGUUAAAAACUAGAAACUUAAAUUGCCCAUUUAAAGGUGGUUUGUCAUCAGCAGCACUCUGUUUUAUGAUAUUACAUUAUUUUUCAUCAUUUGAACCACCAUUAUUUCCUUCAGAUUUUAGAUGUGCAAUGGAUAGAUGGCUUCGGUUAAGAAUAUUAGGAUCAAAAAUACCAACACAAAUUAUUAUUCAACACACACCUGCUAGUUUGAUAAAAGGUUUUUUCAAUUAUUUUAAAAAUUAUGAUUGGAAUGAACCAAUAACAAUAAAAUAUUUUGGACCACCUGAUGAGUUAUUCAUUAUUCCUGCUGUGAUGACUGUAUUAGAUCCAACAUCUUUUGAAAAUUGUACUAAAGGUGUUUCAAUGGAUGGAUUAAAAGCUUUAAAAAUGGAACUAACACGAGCGAGUAAAAUAUUAAAUGAAGAGAAUGAUUUUAAUAGAUUAUUAGAAAAACCUGUACCCUUUCCUGAAUAA